AGGGCGCAGGAAAGAGGGUGUUGUUUUUUGAUAACCUUUAAGAGCAGUGUCAGACCUGUCAAGUUUUACAUUUUUUCCUUGGUUUUUCUAUUAUAAAUAAUGUCAAUCAACACUUCAAGCAAUGCGUUCCGAAAAAUUGAUGUAGACCAGUACAAUGAGGACAAUUUCGGGGAUGAAGAUCAAGGCGAACUACAGUCGCCGCCAGUGGGGCCGGAUGAGUCAGAAGUGACCGCCCUUCUUAAUCAAGGGAAGGCUAUAGAUGCUCUGAAGACUGUCUUAAGAAAUGCACCUUUGGCAUCCAAAAAUCCACAAGUGAAGGAUAAUGCUGUCAACCUUACCAUGAAAGUCCUUCUUUUCAUCAAGGGAUCUCAAAUAGAAGAGGCUGUCAAUGCACUUGAUAGAGAUCUUGUUGAUGUACUUAUGAAAUACAUUUAUCGUGGCUUUGAAACACCUUCCGAAGGUAGUAGUGGCCACUUGCUACUGUGGCAUGAAAGGGUAUAUGCAGUCGGCGGAGUUGGAAGUAUAGUUAGAGUACUCACAGACAGUAAGAAAGCCUAAUCUAAUUUGUUCUGUUAUUGCAUCUGUUAUUAACUUUUCACUCUAUAUUCCAUUUUUAAUAAAUGUAACAACCUUUGUAUCAACA